UUUGUCGGUAUCAACACGCUUAAAAUUUUAAUCGGUUGCUUUGAUUCUAAAUUAUAAAGACACAUGUUUCAAGAGAGGGAAACAGAUCCAUACGAGAAGAAAUAAAAUGAAAUUGCUCUCAGCACGACAAAUGCUGGCGCAAGUAUGAAAAUAUUUACAUCAAGUCGCGUUACCUAUGACGUAAUUGUUAUGUUUGUCCAUUAUGCAGCCAGUACGUCCUGUUUCUUACAUGUGUCCUUAUGUAUCAUAUGAGAGGUAACCGCAGGAUUUUCCUAAACGCUCUGGACGUUCUGCGCGACGCAGGUUUGGAGGUUAUACGAUUAUGUUAGAAAACUAAAGAUCAACAGAAAAUCCCAAAUUUCAAUCAUUUUUCCGACAAGAGAAGAAGAAUGAAAGGGUAGAGAGAAAAAUAAGUCUUGAGACUGUAUCCUUUUUUUAAUACCGACAUAACGACAAAGAGUCAAUAUAUUGCAAGAUGGUGUGGAUAUUACAAAAUAUUAGUAAGAAAGAGUCGAUAUUACUUGGUUUACUUGGUGUAUCUCUAACAACUGUUGGUGUAACGUUGCUAUAUGAAUUCUACAAAAAGGAAAAUGAUAAUAUCUAUGAUCGGAAACGCAAAUCAUCAUCCCAAUUGAUUUCAGUUGAACUUAAAGUGCCUAAUUCGACUGUGGCCGCUGUUAUUGGCAAAGGCGGUCAUACGAUCCGGGAGAUAGAAAUGAAAACUGAUGUAACCAUCAAAUUGCAACAAUUCAAUCACAAUUCUCAAGAUCGAGCUUGCACUAUAUCGGGUCCUGCAGAGGGUGUUAAAUUAGCAAAGAUUAUUAUUCAAAACAUAAUAGACACUGUGCCUGUUAUCGAUAGAUACGAGUUUUACGUGCCGUAUAGAUCUGUGAAACACAUCUUAGGGAGAGGUAGGCAGAAUCUAUUGAAGAUUCAAGAAACUUCCAAUGCUAAAAUCAUCAUCGACGACACUGAUUUCAAGUCCGUUUCUCAUCCCGCAAAAUAUUCAUACGGUGAUAAAGAUGGUAAAAAAAGAAUAGUAGUACACGGGACUAUUGAGCAAAUAGAAGUGGCUCUUCGUCUCAUAGAGGAGAAAGUGCGACUGGAAGAUGGAGCUGCGCUACAAGAUCUCUGUCUCACCAGAGUGCCUGGAGCUUAUUCGAAACUUCUGACCGACGAAUUGCCCGACGACCUCAAUCUUGCCAAGAUGAUACUGUCACCAUUACCGGCAGAUGAUGCAAUGGAAGUGUAUGUAAGUGCAAUGGUAACACCAGGCCAAUUCUGGAUUCAAAUACUCGGUUCUGGAAUUAUCUGUUUAGAGUCUUUGACAAAUGAAAUGUCGAUGUUUUACGAUGACGAAGAGAAUAAAAAAAUGCUGCUCUUGAAGAAAAUAAAUGUGGGCGACCUAGUAGCAGCCAGAUGCGAAUAUUACAAUCAGUGGUACCGAGGGGAAAUAACACAAAUUCUAAAUGAAUCUCAAUACAGGGUAUUCCUCUUGGAUUACGGAGACUUCAUAGAGUGUAUCAAAGAGAACAUAUUAGAACUCCGUACCGAUAUGUUGGGUUUACGACUGCAAGCCGUGGAAUGCACGCUAGCGAAUGUAAAGCCGAGAAACGGUGAGUGGAAUUCGGAAGCUUGCAAGCAAUUCGCCGCCUGCACUUGGUUAGGACAAUCGAAAGUUAUGGAUGCUACAGUUAAAGGCUACAUAAAUCGCUCCGUCGGCAACAAACAAUCUCAACGUAAAAAUGCGGUGAUUCUAUGCGUUGAACUUUACGAUAGAUAUAAGAAACUUCAAGUUGGGCAAAAUCUAAUAAAUAUGGGUUUCGCCGAUUAUAAGGAAGACACUCACUCGAAGAUGACUGAUAUCGUGACAAGUCUAACGAAGCAACAGUUUUUAUCCACUCGACUUCCGAGUAAGUCCAAGACUGCACACGCAGAAGAAGGCGAGAUGAACAAGUCAGUAUCACCUCCGAAUCUAUUUAGCUCCAUAGCUCCGCGCCCGAAGAAAACCAAUGAGCCGGCUCAAGUAAUUGCAACGUCGGUGGAAGGUCGCCAAAGUGACGUCGCACCGGAGAAAUCAACGUUGGAUAUAAAUGAUGCAAAACCUGAUAAGUUUGAACCAGAAAACUUGCCCGCUGAUAAGAAAUUGGAGAUAAAUGGAAAGAUGUGAUUCGAAAAAAGUAUUUCCUGCUUUCUAUCUCUAGUAUAGAAGGAUUCCCGUUUUAUUUUUAUAUUCUCUCAUAGUUAUGUAUAAUAUGAUACAUUAUAUAUAUGUAUAUAAUACUCGUGUAUGUGCUCUCGCAGAUUUUAUCUUACAUUAUAAUAAGACUUGCGGAUUUGCCUGUUUUGUAGCAAAGUCGUGUCGAAAUGUUAGAAAAUAUUUGAACGAAAUUUGUAUCAUUCUAACUUUUCGUUUCAUAAUACAACAUGACUGAAAAAAGGGACCAGGAACGUUGAUCCAUAUAUAAUAUUUAACUGUAUAUUAUAAUAUCUAACUGUAUUUCAAUGUGGAAGAAUGUAAUAGAGCAACUA